UAACCGAUCUCACAGAUGUUUCCCAACAUUAAAGGUAAAACAGGGUGCAGGAGUCUGUCUAUAAAUAUCCUGACUGAGUCAGAGACGGGGAGGGAGGUGCGGCGCUGCAACACGUAUCCAAGCAGCACGCCAUCAAAUGGAGGAUUUAAACACAAAGGAGCAAAGGCAUGGAUGAAGAAGCUCGCGUUUCAGUGGUGGGUUGGGGGAGAUGAGUGCGGAGGCUCGCCGUGGCCCAAUCGCGGCGCUCCUUUCGCGCGCAGAAAGCCUCUUAUUGCGCACGAGGAAGUGACAGCACGAGGCGACUCCCGUCCUCUCGGUCGCGUCUCGCUCGCCGCCGCCGCUCCUGCGCCCUCCGCCGCUGCUGUCCCCGCUCCUCCUCCACCUCCUCCUCCUGCGGACGGCCGGGGGUUUCCGUGGCGCGGAGUCCGUGAAGCCGCGGAGCUCGUCUUGGCGGCUCCGCUCGUCAUUUCCGAGCGCCGGUGCCGAGAAGCGCGAGGCUCUCAGUCGCCGCGCGAUCAUCCGGGAGGAGGAGGCGGCGUCAUCGAGGACACAGAGGCACCGUGUAGAGCGCGCCGGUCCGCUACGGUCAUGAGCGCGGCUACGGAGCUGCCGAACCCGGUGGAGGUCGUGGGCGCCGCCGCGGGCUUCGCGGACCAGCGCUUGCGCGAGAUGGGCACUCCGGUCACCAUAACCGUGGCCAUCCAGGCGGCGGAGGACGAGGAGCCCGACGAAGAGGAAACGAUCAACAGUGAAGACGAGAUUCUGAGGCACGAGAAAUCGAGCGGCGCUGGCACGAGUGGUGGCGAGCUGGAGGAGGAGAGCUGGCAGCCCCCGGACCCUGAACUGACCCAGAAGCUCAUAGCUCAGAUCGAGUACUACCUGUCCGACGAGAACCUGGAGCAUGAUGCCUUCCUGCUCAAGCACGUCCGGCGCAAUAAGCUCGGCUUCGUCAGCGUCAAGCUGCUUACAUCUUUCAAGAAGGUGAAGCACUUGACGAGGGACUGGAGGACGACGGCGUACGCGCUGCGCCAUUCCACCCUGCUGGAGCUGAACGAAGAAGGACGGAAAGUUCGCCGCAGGACGAGCGUGCCAGUGUUCGCCAGUGAGUCUCUGCCGAGCCGCAUGCUGCUUCUGAGUGAGCUACAGCGCUGGCCUGAGCUAGGUGUGGCUUUGGCAGGUGGGGGCGGGCCUGGAGACGGGAGCCCUGGGGCGAACCCAGCCCAGCAGGAGCGGCUCAUGGAGCUUCUGCUCAAGGCCUUUGGUACGUACGGCCCGAUCGCCUCGGUGCGUGUGCUGAAGCCUGGCAAAGACCUGCCACCUGAUCUGAAGAAGCUGAGUGGGCGCUACUCUCAGCUGGGCACUGAGGAGUGUGCCAUCGUCGAGUUUGAGGAGGUGGAGGCUGCUGUGAAAGCUCACGAGGCCUACUCUGGUCAGCAGGGAGAUGGGAAGGGCUCAAUGGGGCUCAAGGUGGUGCUGAUUGGCACCAAGCCACCUAAAAAGAAGGUACCCAAGGAGAGGCAGCGGGAGGAGAACGGAAACGGAGGAGGAGGUGGAGGACUGCGCAAGAGCCGCUCGCUGAACAGCCGCGUACGUGAGCUUCAGUAUCAUGGAGAUGACUCUGCCUGCAGCUCCUCCGAAACGGAAAGCAACCCGACCUCGCCUCGUCUCGGCCGCAAGUCGCGUUCAUGCAACAAGCUGAGUCCUGGAGGCUUCCACUUAAGCCCGGCAGUGUCUCCUCGCUCCAGCCCGUGGAACAGCCCACGAGCCAGCCCAUGUGCUCAACGCAAAGCGCCUCCGAACGCCCGUUCGCCCCUCGCCAGCGAGGGCAGGUUGAGUCCCGAGGCUGGCCGCCGCUGGGCUGAUUAUUCCUCGGACAGCAGCUUGACUCCUUCAGGAAGCCCAUGGGUGCAGCGCAGGAAGCAGGUGGCCAGUCAGGAGAGCAGCCCAGUGGGGAGCCCCAUGCUGGGCAGAAAGAUCCAGAACGCAGACGGCCUUCCCCCUGGCGUUGUGCGUCUGCCCAGGGGGCCUGAUGGCACUCGUGGGUUUCAUGCAGUCUUGGUGGCAGAACGGGGCAAAACUGCAGCCACUCAAACCUGACUUGAGCCAGGGGGAGCCUCACUUCUCCCAAAACGACAGCACUGAACUUUUAGCAGUGAGGUUUAAGCAUCGUACACCACGCAGUCAUCAAGGUGAAGCAUCAUUCUGCAAAAAUGGACCACUGAUCUAUUGCACAUCAUAGUCUGUUACUGGUUUCUUUGUAAUACCUUUUUUUAUAUAUAUAUGGAUAUUUCUUUUGGUUUUGUUUUAUAUGGACAUUAUAUAAGGAGACUUUGGUUCGGUAUUACAAGAAAGGGAUGAGUGCAAAUGUAAAAUCAUUCCAUACUGGAUUUAAAAAAAUAUUAUUUUUCUUUUGUUUGUUGAUGUGGACAGUGGUUUAGGCAUGUGGAUUUGAUGGAUUUCACUUGAUGCCUUGUUGCGCCUGAGAAGAAGCAGCAAUGAAAAUAUGUGGCCAUAGUUUCUCUCCUGGAAUUAGGCUUGAAUAGUAAUCACUUAAGGAAAUGAUUCAUUUUUAGAUUAUUUUUUUUUAAAUUCUUUUCUGCCUUUUCUGGACUAUGGUGGGGUUUUUUUUUUUUUAUUAUUUUUAAGGGAUUACUAUUUUAGCAGGGACCUGGUGCACGGAAUCUGAAUCCUAUCUGUUUUAGUUUCAGUGUAGGCUGUAACAGACGGGGAGGUAGUGAGGUAUCCAGCCUGGCUCCAGCGUGUAAAUAUGCUUUGCUUUUGCCUUUACCGUCGAGGCAAAGUAGUGCACAUUUCAUACUGUACAAAAUAAAUCACUGCAAUGCCAUUCAUCUGGUGUUCAUUUCCUCUCCAAGCCGUGUUGCUCUGUGACUUAUU